AGUUUCGUGAAAAUGUCGCACGAAAGUCGUGAUCUUACGUUUUAUUUACAAAUUUAAAGUGAGCAGAAUACAAAUUUAUUAAUUCUAAACAGAAAAAUAAAAUUAAAAAAAAAUCUCUUUUUGGAAAUGGCCGAUUCUGAAAAAAAGAAAGAAAUUUCUUCUGCUGCUGGGCUCUUUAGCCAUUCUUUUGGUGGAAAUCUCUCAUUUGAUAAUGUUCCAAGAAUAUUUACCCCUGUUCCAUUACCAGUAUCUUCACAUCAACCAGUUCAUAACAGUGUUGCAAACAGUGUUAGUGUUCAUCAAGAAACUUUAAUAUUACCCUUUUUAUCAAAUGCUAAUCAAAAACAAGCCUUUCAAUCACCAAUAUCAACACCACAUAUACUUGAAACUGCUGCACCACCACCAGGAUUGGAUAUAUCAGCACUUUUAAAUUCUCAAGUACAAACAUCACAGCAUCUUCAUUCUUCUGGUUUAAGUACAUUAACCCACCCAUCAGGACUUCAAUCAUUAUCUCCAUCUGGACCUAGACCAUCAGCACUUAUAAAGCCACAAACUAUAAUACCUCCACCUGGAGUACAAAUGUCAUCUUCAUUAAAGCAUCCAAUUGUAUCUUCAUCUUUAUUGCCAGACACAUCAGGAUCUUUACUAUCUGAUUUGUCACCUUCAAAGUUACCUAACAGUAACAAUGCUUUUUCAUCAACAACGGUUACUACAGAUUCUCAAAGUAUGUCAAGUCAUCUAUUUGGCGUGAAGCAGACAAGUUCAGACACAAAGCCUAUAGUUAAUCAAAAUUCUUCUAACCCAAUAAACAAAAAUAAUUCUGACCCAAUAACGAUUGAAUCUACGGGAAGCAUUUCUUAUUUUUCUCCAGUUGUUCCACACUGGUUUUAUUUUAAUAAAUCUUGGAUACCAUUUUCAUUUUAUGAUUCAAAAAAUCUAGAGGAGGCGUUCUUGCAACAAAUACCAAAUAAGAUUGUUACUACAGAUGGUGGGCGUUUUGACGUUGAUAUAUCUACUCUUCAUCGCAUUGCUAUAUACUGGAGUGAAGCAAAAUGUGAGGUUCGAAGAUGCUCAUGGUUUUAUAAAGAAGAGAGCCAGUUAAUUCCUUACAACACACAUAUUUCUAAUGUUUUAGAGAUGGAAUAUGCUAAAAUGAUUCGUAAUGGAAUUUACAAUGUUAGGGUUGAUAUUGCACCAAAUGUCUUUGUGUUGUUUCACAAUCCUAAUGUGCUUGUUCAAUAUGUGUCAGAUGUUGAACAUGUUGACUGGACUGGUGCUGAUGCAAAAGUGCGACCAAAAGUUGUUCAACGAGGUGUUGGUGAAUUGCAAGAGACUAUUCAGCAAGGUGAGACAAAAGAAGUUGAUCAUUUAGUAUUUGUUGUUCAUGGUAUUGGUCCUGUUGCUGAUUUAAAAAUGCGUUCUAUUGUUGAGUGUGUUGAAGAUUUCCGCAGAAUCAGCUUGGAUUUGACUUUAACUCAUGGGUUUACUAAUAAUGGAAAUGCAGCUCGCCGAGUUGAGUUCAUUCCAGUUCAAUGGCAUUCUUGUUUAAGAAAUGACCUACAUGGAGUAGACAGCCAAUUGAAGAAGCUCUCUUUACCAAGUAUUAGCAAAUUACGUAACUUUACAAAUGAAACUUUAACAGAUAUUUUGUUUUAUACAAGCCCUAUGUACUGUCAGACAAUAUGUGACACAAUAAUCAAUGAGAUGAAUCGCUUAUAUGCAUUGUUUUUAUCUCGAACACCUACAUUUAAUGGAAAAAUUUGUGUUGCUGGUCAUAGCUUAGGUUCUUGCAUUCUCUUUGAUAUUCUCGCUAACCAGAAUUUCGAUUCAUUACCAGUUAAUCAUCUACCUGAUGAAGAUUUUGAAGUACAAUCUCAAGUUAGAUCUAUUGUACCUCUAAUAACACAGUAUACUGGGAAAAAGUUUCGAUCUGUUAAUGAAAUUCUUACUCAUCUUAAUUUGUUGCAUCUAGAAUCUAUAUUUAUUAAGGAGCAGAUGGAUACAGAAACUCUUCUUUUAUGCACAGACUCUGAUUUAAAAGAUCUUGGUAUUCAAUUUGGUCCUCGAAAAAAGUUAAUGUUGUACCUUAAAGACAUGACAAAUGAUCACCAGGAAACAAGCACCACAAAGUCUGAAGCAAUUCAAAUGUUAAAUCGUGGAACUCAGACACCUGUAAGCACAAAUAAGAACAAUAAGAAAAGUUUACAAAUGGCAUAUCAUAAGGGUACAGCUGGAACUGGUCAACCAUUAGUUCAGUACUCAAAGUUAGAAUUUAUAACUGACAGUCUCUUUGCAUUGGGUUCACCAUUAGGAUUAUUUUUAACAUGCAGAGGGGUGACCUCUAUUGGUCAAAAUUACAAGCUGCCAAACUGCAAUCAUUUUCUCAAUAUUUUUCAUCCGUUUGAUCCUGUGGUUUAUCGUUUGGAGCCAUUAAUAAAUGAAAAUAUUGAUUUACCUCCAGUGCUCAUACCUCACCAUAAAGGAAGAAAAAGAAUUCAUUUAGAAAUUAAAGAGAACUUAGCUCGUGUUGGGGUCAAUCUGAAAACCGGACUUCUGGACGCUGUAAGUCGUACAUGGUCCUCUAUUAAUGAAUUUGCUCGUGCUCAUACCUCUCAAUACCAACAACAACAGCAACAAAGUCAAAUGGUUUCUCAAGAUGAUUUGAGCAGUGCCGUCCACGAAUCUCAUGAAGAUGAUGAGCAAUUAAAAAGAGAGAAAACUUUUAAUUUUGGUUUGAUCAAUGGUGGUAAACGUGUCGAUUAUGUUCUUCAAGAACGUCCUUUAGAGAUGUUAAAUGAAUACUUGUUUGCAUUAAGCAGCCAUGCUUGCUAUUGGACUUCAGAAGAUACAGCUUUACUUCUUCUCAAUCAUAUUUAUAGCAAAUAAUUAAAGACGUGUUUUUAAAAAACAUAUAAAACAAAGGUUUACUGGGAAAGUUUGUUAAAUAAUGAAGAAACUAAAGAUUUUACGAAGAUAUCUUUAUGGUUUCCUUUUUUAGAUUUUGUUUGUUUAUUUGCGAGUAUUAAGUUUUUACUGUUCAAAGUCAUGUAUCUCGUUUACCGUCAUUUAAUCGUAAUACUGUUUACAGUGAUUUAUCCGUUUUUCUUUUGCCGUCGUUCGUUUAUUAAUCGUUUACUGUUAUUCAUAUACUUGUUGUAUAAUAUGUUUUUAUAUUGCUUACUUACGGUGUAUCCGCUUGAUGUUUACCAACGCUUAUUUGUUUGUCAUUAA